GAUCCCGGUGGUGCUGUGGCUCAUCCCGGUGUGGUCCCAGGGAUGGUGGGGAGAUCUCACUGAUCCCGGGGGUGUUUGAUCCCAAGGAGAUCCCGGUGGUCCCACGGCCGAUCCCGCUGUGGCCCCGGGGAGCUCUGGGUGGCCCCGUCGCCGAUCCCGCUGUGGCCGCGCUGAUCCCGGGGCUGAUCCGGUCCCGGCGCUCCCCGGCCCCCGAGCCGAGCGGAGCGGGGCUGGGAGCGGGGCUGGGAGCGGCGGCGCGGUGGCGCGGCGGGGAGGAGGAGCCGGGCGGCCGGGGCGGACUCGCGGGCCGGGCCGGGCCGGGCCGGGCAGGGCAGGGCAGGGCACGGCGCGGAUGGCGGGGCCCCGCCGGCGGCCGCUGCAGCGCGGGGCCCGGCGGAGGAUGUGAGGCGGCGGCGGCGGCGGCGGCGGCGGAGCCCCCGCCGGGCUGGGAGGGCGGAGAGGGGCCUCCCCCGCGGCGCGGCCCGGCCCUGCCCGCCCGAGGGGCCGCGCCUGCCCCCGACAGCGCCCGCCCGACCAUGGGGGACUUCUACGACCCGGAGCACCCGACCCCGGAAGAAGAAGAAAAUGAGGGCAAGCCUGAAACCGUGCAGAGAGCCGGCUUUAUCAAAGGCCCGGUGUUCAAAGGCGUCGCUUCCAGUCGCUUUUUGCCCAAAGGCACCAAAACAAAGGUCAACCUUGAGGAGCAAGGAAGACAAAAGGUGUCUUUCAGCUUUAGUUUAACCAAGAAGACCUUACCGAAUAGAUUUCUGACUGCUCUCGGAAACGAGAAGCAAAAUGAAAGUCAGACCUCGCCAGCAGUACCCCUGCAGACUGAGCUUAACCCCAAAACUAAAAUGGACCCUGGGGAUGCUGCUGGUUCAGCUGAGGAGUCUUCACCUCCCAAACCGAAGGUAGAAUUAGGGAAGAUCCAUUUUAAAAAGCAUUUACUUAACGUCACCGCAAAACCGCCACCAGCUACAGCAGCGACGCUGCUGCCGCCGCCGCCCGUGACGCCGGGAACGGAACCAGUGGCCUCGGCCACGGACUUUCCCUCGACGCCGCCGCCUCCCCCGCCUCCCCCUCCGCCGGCGGCGUCACCAGCAGCGUCGAUGCCGGUUCCUGCGGCCGCGGCUUUGCCACAACCGCCGGCGACGCUGAUGGCGACGCUGUUACCGUUGCCGCCCGCGGAAGCCGAAGUCCCCGCUUCCAAGGAGCCGUGUCACGCAGGUCCCAAGGAGGCUUUGGAGCCGGACGCCAAGCAGGACGUGGCAUCGCGCGGUUCGGAAGAGCGUGUCGCUCCAAACGCGCCCGAGCGGACAGAAAUAACUCUGCAGAAGGAAGAUUCCCAUAUUGGGAAGGAGGAGGAGGUUUCCGACGGCUCGAAGGGCGCUGCGCUCUGCUCCCGGCGGCUCGGCUCCAAGAGGAAGUUCUCGCAGUCCGACGGCACGGUGCUGGGCUCCGAGUCCGACGAAGAUUCGGUGAGGACCUCGUCCAGCCAGCGGUCCCACGAGCUGAAGGUAUCCAGUACAGAAAAGGAGAGAGAUCCCAGAAGAAGCUCCGCGUCCCUCAGAGGUGACGACCCAGGGAAAUCCUCCUCGCGUUCCAAGUCGGACAGGGAUGAGAAGUACUCGAGCUAUUCCAAAUCAGAAAGAGAUUCGGACAGGGAUGAGAAGUACUCGAGCUAUUCCAAAUCGGAAAGAGAUUCACGGUAUUCGUUCUCCCGCUCUCGGUCGGACAGAGAGAGGAGGCGAAGCCGAUCUCAUUCCCGGUCCCGAUCCGACCGGAGCUCCCGAACCAGCUCUUCCUACUCCAGGUCGGAGCGCUCGCAUUACUAUGAAUCCGACCGCAGAUACCACCGGAGCUCCCCGUACAGGGAAAGGUCGCGAUAUUCCCGUUCGUAUGCGGACAGCCGGGCGCGAGAUAGCUCGGACUCGGACGACGAGUAUCGGAGGACACAUUCCAGAUCGAGCGACUCCAGGCGGACGUCGUCCCACUCCUCCUCCUCCUACAGAGACUCCAGGAGUUCUUACUCUAAGUCGGACAGGGACAGCAAAGUAGAGUCGUCUCACGCCGAUGCGGAGAGGAGAGGAAGAUCUUCAAAAGCGGAUAGAGAUUCCAAAAGGACUUCCGAAAGCGAAGUAACCAAAAGGUGCUCUCCCCUUGACGAGCUAGGCUACCGAAAGGGGACAUCCCAUUCUAAGCCCGACAGUAAUGUGAAUUCCUCCCGUUAUAAGUCCACCCCUUCAAAGACCCCCACACCAAAGCCUGAUAAAUUUAAGAGUUCUUUCUGUUGUACAGAAUCGAUCGAAGAAAUAAAACAGCAGUCUAAUUCUCUAGAUUCAGAGGCCUCUUGUCUAAAAAGCAGUGAGAUCAGGAUGUCCGUCGUGAGAAGAUUUGAAAGGGAAAAGACGCUUUCUCCGCUACAUCAGUUGAACGAUUCGCCCGCUUGUAAAAAGGCAGACGAAUCGAAAGCGGGUUUUGCCAACUCCGAGGAGCUUGCAGGAAACGAAUGCCACAACAGUGUUAAGGAACAAGAAACUUUAUUAAAGAUAAAGCAUGAACAGUUAAGAACGUGUUACCCUUUGGAGAUGAGUGUAAAUGGGUCCCUGGAGGGUAGAGCUGAUGCUUUGGCAACAUCCAGUGCCUCCAGACCAGAGGAUGUGGCCGUGUCUUCUGGCGAUAGCCUGUGUCGCUCAGAAGCAUCACCUGUCGUGGAGAUGAACCCGUCGUAUCCGUUGCCAUCUAACGGGUUGGAGAGCACGUGCGCGUCUCGAGAGCAGGAGCCCGACGACUCUCGGGUCCAGUCCAGCGAGUGCAACAGCCUGUUUGGGGAAGCGGAGGCUCCGGCCCCGCAGCAGCAGGAGGAAUCCACCCCUUUGCCCGUCCUGAAUGUAGAUCACUCUCAAACCAUACUUAAAAAGCUGGACGAUCAGGCGACUCUGUGCGACAAAACCAAAGAACCAUUGCUUUGCUACAUUUCGGACGAUACCGCCCCCGCUUUGUACCAUUCGGAAGUUGAAAUCGAAGCGGAACCGGUGGAUAUAAAAGUUACGUCCGAGGCUUUUCUGGACGUGCAGGUGGAGCCGCAGACGGUUACGUGCGAGUACGAGAGCGCGGAAGAUCAGCACGUGGGGUCGGCCUGUGAUGGGGAGCACGACCGUCCCUCCCCAAAAACGGACCCAGCCGCGGAGAGCUCGGGCAGGGAUUCCUCCCAGGAUGGCUCUUCCCCGAGGCUCAGGGACCAUCCCGUGCUGGGGGAAAGCACCUCUUCCAAAUGGGACGUGCCGCCGCCACAUUUGGAAUCCGACGAGGCGCUGGAGUCGGGGACCCGGCGCGUCAGCCCCGGUUCGGCACAAGGCAAGUUGUCGUUUCGAGAUGAACAUUCGUACUAUUCGGAAGCGCCGCUGGAGCACCGCGACAGAGAGGUUGUGGAAGAAAGCGCCGUAUCCACCGGGGGCGCCGGGCCGGAUGAUUUGAGCAUUCAGUGUCCCAGCGUAUCAGCCGAGAAGGAUGAGGGACACGAGCCUUUUGUGGCUUCGGCUUUUCCAGACGCCUUAUUUCCCUCUUGCGACGUUGUUGUCACCGCAGAAGAGACAGAAACGGUGACUCAAGCCCCGACGUGCGACAGCAGCGGCAACGCCUCCGAAUUCAUCCCUGCCGGCCGCCACGAUUACUCGGACACGGGGGAGAGCGACAGCGAGGGGGGCAGCGAAGACAGUGACACGGAGGACUCGGAUUCUGAUGACGGCACGCCACGGAAACGCCUGCAGUCCGUGGUGGUGGUGCCGAAGAACUCGACUAUCGCCAUGGAGGAGAGCAGCCCUGGUUCCUCGCGGAGCAGCCAGGGCAACCGGCGCUUCUCCGACCACUGGGACGAUGAGCGACCCGAGCCCAGUAGACCCUACUACGAAGAGAGAUCGGAGAACGUGGCGAAUAAAGGUGGUUCACAAGUAGAGAGCAGAUGUUCUCCUAGAGGGAUGGAGAAGAGUCCGGCGACUUCUACAGAGCUCAGCAGGAAGGAGCCGGAGGAGCUGUGGCCGGACCCGUGCCAGCCGCAGAGCGACGGUGUUGACAGCACGAGCCAGGCGGACCUGACGGCGGAUUCCCACGGCAAAGCCAACCCGGACGAGAGGAUGGCUUUGAAGGAGCUCGUCUCCAUCGGCAGACCCGUCGGCCGCCAAGACGAGCAGCCCUUUUGUCUACCGGAGAGUUACGAAAGCGCCGAUAAAUCCCGACCCCAGACGAGCUUUUCCAAGCCGGACAGUAGGCAGGGGAAGGCUGGGCUUAACCAGUCUGGCCUUGGGGACUUCUCCAGGUUGGGUGGUUUCCAUCCGCCAGAGGAUCUGGGUGGUUUGAGCUGGGACUUCUCACAGGUGGAGACGCCCAGUAGCACCUACCAGCAACCAGACAGCAGUUUCGGCGUCUACUCGGGCUACGUUUACCAGCCGGGCUCGGGCGCGUACGGUGGCUCUCAGACGUACUGGCAAGGCAAUGGCUACUGGGAUGCGCGAUCGGCGAGCAGACCUUCCGCCGUUAAUUACGAACGAAUUCAAGGGCAAGUCCCGGAUUCGCUGACGGAGGAUCAUGAGGAAUAUGAAGAGGAUGAGCGCUGGGACGACGAGUGCAAACCUCGUUUCCCCAGCCCCUCGGGUAAAUGCCAAGCGCCGGGGCCGAAGGAACAAGGUUCGGUGCAGGCACACGAGAUCAGCAGCAAUUCCACCAAGGAGCCGCUGCCUGGCGGCGAGAAGAAGGAAGAGGCGAAAGCUUCAGAUAAAAACGAUGCGAAAGAGCGAGGCCCGCCAAAAAAAAGACGCCCGGAGUUGGAGAGUGAUUCCGAGAGCGACGUGGACUCGAGGGAGAAGAAGAAGGCGAAUGUGGAGGGGCAAGCGGCGGAGCCGGCGCCGCAGGACUCCUCCAUGGUCGGGCGGUUGUGCAUCAUGGACGAUUUCCGAGACCCACAGCGCUGGAAGGAGUUCGCCAAGCAAGGGAAGAUGCCCUGUUACUUUGACCUCAUUGAGGAGAACGUCUACUUGACAGAAAGGAAGAAGAACAAAUCUCACCGGGACAUCAAGCGGAUGCUGUGCGAGUGUCCCCCCCUCUCCAAAGAAGAGCGAGCGCAGGGGGAGGUGGCCUGUGGAGAAGAUUGUCUGAACCGCCUGCUCAUGAUCGAGUGUUCUUCCCGGUGCCCGAACGGCGACUACUGCUCCAACCGGCGCUUCCAGAAGAAGCAACACGCGGACGUCGAGGUGAUCCUGACCGAGAAGAAAGGCUGGGGGCUGCGAGCCGCCAAAGAUCUGCCAUCCAACACUUUUGUCUUGGAAUACUGCGGGGAGGUGCUGGAUCACAAGGAGUUCAAGGCUCGCGUGAAGGAAUACGCCCGCAACAAGAACAUUCACUAUUAUUUCAUGGCCCUGAAGAAUGACGAGAUAAUCGACGCUACGCAGAAAGGAAACUGCUCUCGGUUUAUGAACCACAGCUGUGAACCCAACUGCGAGACACAAAAGUGGACGGUGAACGGGCAGCUCCGAGUUGGGUUUUUCACCACCAAACUGGUCCCGUCGGGCUCCGAGCUGACGUUCGAUUACCAGUUCCAGAGAUACGGCAAAGAGGCUCAAAAAUGUUUCUGCGGCUCCGCCAACUGCCGGGGGUACCUGGGAGGGGAGAACAGGGUGAGCAUCCGCGCGGCCGGCGGCAAGAUGAAGAAGGAGCGAUCCCGUAAGAAGGACUCGGUGGACGGGGAGCUGGAGGCGCUGCUGGAGAACGGAGAAGGGCUCUCCGAUAAAAACCAGGUCCUCAGCUUGUCCCGCCUCAUGGUUCGCAUCGAAACGCUGGAGCAGAAACUCACCUGCCUCAAACUCAUCCAGAACACGCACUCGCAGUCCUGCCUAAAGUCCUUCCUGGAGUGUCACGGUUUGUCUCUGCUCUGGAUUUGGAUGACGGAGCUGGGCGAUGGCAGAGGGAGCAGCGCUAACAACCUCAAGUUGCAGCUGGAGAUCAUGAAGACGCUCGAGCUCCUGCCCAUCCCCACCAAGAACAUGCUGGAGGAGAGCAAAGUCCUGCCCGUGAUCCAGCGCUGGGCUCAGACCAAGAGCGCGGUGCCGCAGCUCAGCGAAGGGGACGGCUACUCCAGCGAGAACACCUCGCGGGCCCACACGCCGCUCAACACGCCCGACCUCUCCGCCAAGCAGAGCGCGGAGGGUGACACGGACACCCCCAAGAAGCUGGUGUUUCGGAGGUUGAAAAUUAUAAGCGAGAACAGCAUGGACAGUGCCAUCUCGGAUACAACCAGCGAGCUGGAAGGGAAGGAGGGCAAAGAGGACCUGGACCAGCUGGAGGGAGCCGCGAUGGAGGUGGCGGAAGAGCAGCAGCCGCAGCAGGAGAUCAAAACCGCGGUGGACGCGGCGGUGGAGAGCAGCAAACCCCAAACGGCGGAGCUGGAGGCCGAGCCCGAAGCCGAGGUGAAAGAGAGCAACGGCGCCAAGUUAGAAGAGCCCAUCGCGAUGGAGACGCCGUCUCAAGACGAAGAGGAAGGCGUAUCUGACGUGGAGAGCGAGAGGAGCCAGGAGCAGACGGACAAGAUCGUGGACGUGAGCGAUCUGGCAACCAGGCUGCUCGACAGCUGGAAGGAGCUCAAGGAGGUUUAUCGCAUCCCCAAGAAGAGUCAAGCGGAGAAGGAGAACAGUGCCGACCGUGGGAGGGAAACUGCCGGCCACAAGGAUCAGACUCCCACUCCCAAGAACCCCGUCCUGAGCAGAGAGCGGGACCCCGAGCGGCAGAGCCAGAGUAAAGAGAAGAAGAGACGGCGAGACUCGUUGUCCCCUCCGUCCUCAGCGUACGAGCGAGGAACCAAGCGGCCGGAGGACAGGUAUGACACACCAGCAUCUUCAAAGAAGAAAGUCCGCCUCAAGGACCGCAACAAGCUCUCCACAGAAGAGCGCAGGAAGCUCUUUGAGCAAGAAGUCGCCCAACGCGAAGCCCAGAAACAACAACAGCAGCUCCAAAACCUGGGGAUGACGUCCCCCUUGCCCUACGACUCCAUGGGCUAUGGCGCAUCCCACCACAGCUUCAUCGGCUACCCGCCCGGCUACCCCAUGCAAGCCUACGUAGACCCCAGCAACCCCAACGCCGGCAAGGUGCUGCUGCCCACCCCCACCAUGGACUCCAUGUGCUCGCCGGCGCCCUACGAGCACCCGCAGACUUUGGUCGGGCACACGGUAGAACCCACCUUAACUACUCCUCAGCCGGUACCUGUCGUCCAACAUGUAGCAACCCCCAUGGAGGUGACAACCCCGCAGUAUGUAGCGCAAAGUGACGCUGUGGUCCAUCAGGAAGCCAACGUGGCCGUCCUGCCUGUGGCUACAGCGGGAGCGGUGCAGAGCCAGAGCUACGGCGUGUGGGACUCGGCCCAGCAGCCCGUGGCCGUUCCACAGCAGUACUCGCCCGCACAGUCCCAAACGGCCAUUUAUUACCAAGGACAGACCUGUCAGACGGUGUACGGUGUGACGUCCCCCUACUCGCAGACGACCCCGCCGAUUGUCCAGAGUUAUGCCCAACCAAGUCUCCAGUACAUCCAGAGCCAGCAGAUCUACACGGCUCAUCCGCAGGGAGUCAUCGUGCAGCCCCCGACGGCCGUGACCACCAUCGUGGCGGCCGGGCAGCCGCAGCCCAUCCAGCAGCCAGAGCUUGUGGUGACCAAUAACCUCCUGGACUUGCCUCCACCAUCCCCUCCAAAACCCAAAACCAUCGUCCUCCCACCCAACUGGAAAACAGCUCGAGAUCCAGAGGGGAAGAUCUACUACUACCACGUGGUAACGAGGCAAACCCAGUGGGACCCUCCAACCUGGGACAGCCCGGGGGAUGACGCCAGCCUGGAACACGAAGCUGAGAUGGACCUGGGGACCCCAACGUACGAUGAGAACCCCAUGAAGUCUUCCAAGAAAGCCAAGACGGCCGAAGCCGACACGUCCAGCGAGCUGGCCAAGAAGAGCAAGGAGGUGUUCAGGAAAGAGAUGUCGCAGUUCAUCGUGCAGUGCCUGAACCCCUAUCGCAAACCCGACUGCAAGGUGGGGCGCAUCACCACCACCGAGGACUUCAAACACCUGGCGCGCAAGCUGACCCACGGCGUCAUGAACAAGGAGCUGAAAUACUGCAAGAACCCGGAGGAUCUGGAGUGCAACGAGAACGUCAAGCACAAGACCAAGGAAUACAUCAAGAAAUACAUGCAGAAAUUCGGGGCCAUCUACAAACCCAAAGAGGACACGGACCUGGAGUGACCCCCCCGGAUCCACCAGGAAUCGCCCUUUGCCGCCACCAACCUGUGAAUUUAUUAUUAUUAAUUAUUAUUAAUAUUAUUAUUAUUUUUUCAAAAGAAAAAAAAAAAGAAGAGAAACUUCUGUUCCCUACAGCGUGAGGCGGUUUGUGCUGCCGGGGGCGACACAAAGAGAAAAUUGGGCUUCGUUAAGCCGGGUUUUGCUAAACCAGGUUUUGCUAAGCCAGGCUUUGCUAAGCCCAGCUUUGCUAAACCAGGCUUUGCUAAGCCUGGCUUUGCUAAAGCAGGUUUUACUAAGCCGGGUUUUGCUAAACGAGGUUUUGCUAAGCCUGGCUUUGCUAAACCAGGUUUUGCUAGGCCUGGCUUUGCUAAACCAGGUUUUACUAAACCAGGUUUUGCUAAGCCUGGCUUUGCUAAACCAGGUUUUACUAAGCUGUGUUUUACUAAACCGUGUUUUGCUAAGCCAGGCUUUGCUAAACCAGGUUUUACUAAGCUGGGUUUUGCUAAGCCGGGCUUUGCUAAGCCAGGCUUUUUCCGGCUCCUCAACCCCGGCGGUGCUGUCAGACGCACCCCGUGCGUCACCAAGCUCUGUAUUAUAUUUUAACGUAUAUGUGAAUAUAUUGAUAAUUUUUGGUUUUGUUUUGUUUUGUUUUGUUUUCCCGCUUUUAGCCCAAGCCGAGCCGAUCCCACGGGAACACUUUGUAACGAUAGUUUUGGGGUUAUUUUUUGUUGUUUCCGGUUGUUUCCUUGGUUUUAUUUUUUGGGUUCCGCGAGGUUUAAUCCGUUUUCAUGUAAAUACUGCGGAGCGGGGCUGCCCCCGGGUUUCUGGCGGGCCUCGCGCCAUGUUGAUAAGAUUGAUUUUACUGCUUAAAUCAUUUUACUUUAUCCAAUUUUUACGGAACUUUUUAUGUAAAAAAAAAAAAUUAAAAAAAAAAAAAAACACAAAUAAAAGAAAAAUGACAAAAAAUCAA